UCUUUGUCCGGAAGAAGACUUCGCUGUGAUCUUUGAAGUGGCGCGAUCAGAGGAAUGAAAUAAACACACCCACGUGUACUGUCAGCCGUGUGUCUUAUUGUUUAUAUAUUUUUGUAAAUAUUGUUGUACGAGAUGGAUGAGUCAACGUUGUUAAGUUAUAAGACUCGAGCAGAACAAGCUGAGGCUGCUAUUGUUGCGUUAACUAAGGAGCUUGAGAAUAUAAAAGGAGGGAAAUGUGUGAGUGAAUUAUCGAAAACCAACCCAGAAAUUAAGAAAUUAGCGGAUGCAAAUAACGCUUUGAAGUACCGAAUACGAAUUCUGCAGCGGUCUAUCAAAGAAGAGGAAGAAAAGAAUAAACAACAGGGAAAGAUCAUGGAUGGAAAGGAGAUGGAUGUUGACAGCAGUAGCAUGCGAAGUGUACUUAGUGAACUCACCAUGUUGUUCUCCAGAGCAAUAGAAGCAGCAUUUCCGGAUUUGGCUGAUCCACCUGUUAAUGUUUCUCUGUCUCCAAAAUUUGCAGAUUAUCAAUGCAAUUCAGCAUUGCCAGUAUUACAGCUUCUAAAGGCACAAGGUGUGAAAAUGUCUCCAGUUGAUAUUGCAAAAAAGAUUGUGGAUAAUGUACCAAAGAAUGAUUUAAUCAAGGAAAUGAGUGUAGCUGGUGCAGGCUUCAUUAAUAUAUCAUUGUGUCCUGAAUUUGGACAGAAGGCUUUGACUGACCUGUUGAAGAAUGGAGUAAAACCACCACCAAUUGAAAAGAAGCUGAGAGUUGUUGUUGACUUUUCUGCUCCUAAUAUUGCAAAGGAAAUGCAUGUCGGGCAUUUGCGCUCUACAAUUAUUGGUGAAAGCAUUUGUCGAUUGCUGGAGUUUCUCGGUCAUGAUGUGCUCCGCAUCAACCAUAUUGGGGACUGGGGCACACAGUUUGGUAUGCUUAUUGCUCACCUCCAAGAGAAGUUCCCAGACUAUCAAACAAAUGUCCCACCCAUAUCUGACCUUCAGGCAUUUUACAAGGAAUCAAAAGUUCGAUUCGAUAAUGAUCAAGAUUUCAAGAAAAAAGCAUAUGAAUGUGUUGUCAAACUUCAAAAAUUUCAUCCGGAGGUAACAAGUGCUUGGGAGCUCAUUUGCUCUGUCUCAAGGAAAGAGUUCCAAAAGGUGUACGAUAGAUUGGAAAUAAAACUGGAAGAGCGGGGAGAGUCCUUCUACCAGUCAAGAAUGGAGGCUGUUGUGAAGGAAUUGGAUGAGAAAGGUUUUCUGGAGGAAGAUGAAGGGAGAAAAAUUAUGUGGGGCCUAGACAAAGAUGCUAUUCCACUAACAGUUGUGAAAUCAGAUGGAGGAUUUACUUAUGACACAUCAGAUAUUGCUUGUAUUAAACAACGUAUUGAAGAAGAGAAAGUUGACUGGAUCAUAUAUGUUACUGAUGCUGGACAGGCAGGUCACUUCAAAGUGCUCUUCAGCUGUGCAAAACGUGUUGGUAUUCUGAAACCAAAUGUCCGUGUUGACCAUGUGGGUUUUGGGCUCGUCCUUGGAGAAGAUAAAAAGAAAUUCAAGACACGUUCUGGUGAAACAGUACGGCUUGUAGAACUACUUGAUGAAGGUCUUCGCCGCUCUUUGGAAAAACUGAAAGAGAAGCAACGGGAUCAGGUACUUACACAGGAGGAAUUAGUUCAGGCCCAGGAAGCCGUAGCAUAUGGUUGCAUAAAAUACGCUGACUUGUCACACAAUCGAAAUCAUGACUACGUAUUUUCAUUUGACAAGAUGUUAGAGGAUCGUGGCAAUACUGCUGUGUAUUUGCUAUAUGCUCUGACUCGAAUUCGAUCAAUAGCACGUACUGCUGGACUUCAGUCAUCAAAAGUACGUGAAGCUGUUGGAACUGUACCUGUUUCGAUCACUCAUGAACGUGAAUGGAAGCUUGCAAAGGUGCUGCUUCGUCUGCCUGAGACUUUAGAAAAAAUAACAAAAGAUCUCUGUCUCCAUCAUUUAUGUGAAUAUCUCUACGAAAUUAGCUGCACUUUUACUGAUUUUUACGAUGCUUGCUACUGUGUGGAAAAAGAUUCUACAGGUGAGAUCAAAGCAAUAAAUAUGGGAAGAUUGCUGCUGUGUGAAGCUGUUGCUCUCGUUAUGGAGAAGUGUUUUUAUCUGCUUGGAAUCAAAACUGUUUCACGAAUGUAGUGCUUAAAACAAGAAAAAUAAAUAAUUUAUUUGUGUU